AUGGAAGGGUCUAUGUUUGGCCAGGAAAAAAGCCUCACAUUAACUUUUUAUGAAUAUCGCCGAGUCGCCCACGAUUUUGGAGGGGCUGUCAGUGGUUGUCCCAACGGCAUAUCCACCAUUGUCACUCUGCGCUGUCCCCCAGCGGACCAUGUUCGGUUGUCCACCACCGAGAAGAAAGACAUCUUGUCCGUUGAAGUACCUCCGCUGUGUGUAGAUGGUACCUGUGACGGCUGCAAUUACCACUUUCUGGUCUUCUCACCCUACGCUUGCCCCAUCUGCCGACCACAGGACGUCGCGCGACUGGAAGGCAGUUGCAACGGGGGCGAAAGGGAGGUCAACGUCUUUGCCGCCAAGUAA